AUGACGCAGCUGGUGCAGAACGCGACGGACGAGCCGUGGAUAAAACCGGAGGACCACCCCCACACGGACUCUCUCCGUGACCCCCACUGGAACCUCACGGUCAACGGUUCCCUGAUCAUGGGUCUGCUGCUGAGGGUGACCUCGGGGAACCAGAGUUCGGUUCCCGUGACGUCACUGGAGCCAGAGGAUUACAGCUACGAUUACGAGGAUUCGGUGUCCAACAUUCCCCUGGACGCGCUCAUCCCCAACGCCAUUGGGUACGGGGUGACCCUCGUGGUGGGACUGACGGGGAACCUCUUGGUGAUUAUCUCCGUGGCCAGGUACCGCCGGAUGCACAACGUCACCAAUAUCUUCCUGCUGAGUCUGGCCACUGCUGAUCUUCUUCUGGUCUCCAUGUGUGUGCCUGUCAAGUUUGCCAGAUUUUUCACCUUCACCUGGCAAUAUGGCGAGGUGCUGUGCAAGUCUGUCCACUACAUGCAGAACCUGACCAUUAUAUGUUCGGUGCUUAACCUAACAGGGUUAAGCUUAGAAAGGUAUUAUGCGAUCUUACACCCAAUGCGAGCUAAGUACACGUGCACGGUGAGCAUGGCACGGCGGUUUGUGGUACUAAUCUGGACCAUGAGUGUCAUCAUGGCGGUUCCUAUCUUGGUCGGACAG